AUGGAUGUUAGUCAAGUCGAACCACGUGAUUACCCUCCAAGACUUUACCCUUCUAACCUAGAAGGUAAAGAUAUCAAUCAUAAUUUCCGUGCAGGACAUUUCCCCCACAUUAAAGAAACAAUAGGACUCGAUGUGUGGGAAGAACUGGUGAACUCUCCCAUUGGAGUAGUUGCUAGGCUACUUUCACGCGAAAGCAUUUGGUCUGGUAGGACCGUACACUAUCUGCUAUGUAGACAGCUGCGAGUGCAUAAAAAGGAGAUAUGGUCUGUUGUGGUUGAUGAUGUUAUCAGGUUUAGCUUGCUCGAGUUUGGUGAGAUCACUGGGUUAAACACAGGUCCAUUGCCAACAGAAAGUUUUGAACCUGAUCAAUACAAAGAGUUUUGGGAGGAGUUGAAGGUGCCGCUUGGGAUGGGACCCAAGUAUGAUGAGCUGAAGGCAGCAUUAGAGUUCUGUCCUGGUUGGAGUUUUGAAAAGCGUAAGUGGUUGGGGAUGUUAUUUCUUCAAGCCAUGGGACUGUACUGUUUGCAUCACAAUUCAAGGAUACCCUUUCAAAGUGCAAUAAGGGUAUUCGACGAUGAAGCCAUGAGGUCGUAUCCAUGGGGUCGGACUGCAUACGAAGUUCUUGUUGACUCUCUGAAAACACUGUCUCCAGAUGGAAAGUCAUACACAGUAAGCGGCAUGAAGGACGUUUUAUUGGUUUGGGCGUAUGAGUCCAUCGUCUGUUUCGGUGAGAAGUUUGGGAGAGUGGUCAACAAUGAAGACGUUCCUCUUUUGCGAUGGGGUGGAAGGCGUACACGUUCAAGUUUUGAUACUGUCUUGUCUGACGAAAUCAAAGAUCAUGGCGAGGUCCGUUUGAGGAGAAUGGUUAUGAAGGAGUCAAUUGAAGAGAUGUUUCUUGUAUGGUCGGAUGAACCUGACGACCCACAACUCGUUAGGUUGGUAGAAGACAUACACGCAGGUAGAUACGUGAAAGGUUUAUGGGAAGUACAGAGGGAUGAGCAGGGGAAGGGGAAUGAGAAGAAGAAGAAGAAGAAAACGAAGGGAGUUUCAUCAGAAGCUGAGCCAUCAACAAAGAAGCAGAAGAAAGAAGCUGCUGAAACGAGAAAGGGUUCUAGCGAGGAGGAAGCUGUAUUGGACAAAGCGACUCUGACGAAUCUUGUGAGUGCUCUGCAGAAUAUUUCAGCAAAAUUUGACGCUUACGAUUUUGACCGGAACCGGCCAGUGAUGGACGAGAAGACCCUAGAUAACGUGGUGAAAGCUGUAGUGCAGCAGAGUCUGAAAGUUUUGGGGGAAAGGAAAAUUCCCGACAACGAUGCUAAACUCUCCUCCGCCGGCGUAGAAAAAUCUUUAUCGGUGACAUCAUCACCUCGUAGGAGGUCGCCACCGGAAAAGUCGGACAAAAGUCCAGUGGUAGAACCGCAGGCCCAGGAGGAGAAGUCUGUAAAAACUCCAGUGACAGAACCGCGGCAGCAGAAAAAGCCUGUCAAAAGUCCAGAGCCGCCGCAGCAGAAAGAGAAGGCUGUCAAAAGUCCGGUGCCGCCGCAGCGGAAGGAGAAGGCUGUCAAAAGUCCGGUGCCGGCGCAGCAGAAACAGCAGAAGUCAGUCAAAAGUCCAGCGUUAGCUGAGACCCCUGCAAAGAAGAAUUCGGAGCUUGAGAAGGAUACAGUGGUGAGAAGGAUUUUGGGUGAUGAUUUUAAUGAAAUUGAUUUCAUCAGUGUUUCUCCUGCAAAGAUUACUAAGGAUGGUAAGGAUGCCAACGUUCCAGCCUAUGGACGCGGCUUACGGGGCAAGGCCAAGCGUACUGUUACUGUAAAGGAUGAGGCUAUCGAGGAUAAGAAAAAAGCACAGCGGGCAGAGGCUGCGUUGAAGAGGAAGGAGAAGCAAGAGGCUAAGAAAAAAGAGAACGAGGAGAAGAAACAGAACAGAAAAGCGGCUGAGUUACAAAAGAAACAAGAGGCUGGAUUACAGAAGAAAAAGAAGGAAGACGAGGCUGAGUUACCGAAAAAAAAGAAGGAAAAAGAGGCUGAGUUACCGAAGAAGAAGAAAGAAGAAGAGGAAUGUGUUGUGACGAACGACGAAGUUAUUGCGGAAGAUAACGCAUUGGCGGCGGAGUCUGAUGUCGAGCCAGCUGAAUUGAUUAGAUCUUCCGUUAUAAAGGAACUUUGGGAGAAAUCAGUUAAGUUAUCUCCACAAGGGUUUUCAUUGACGAACCUUGAUUCAGCACCAGUUUUUCCGUACAUUGGAGACAAUGGACAGACGACUUGCAUGAGGAAGAACAUUACGCCUUCAUCAGCAAUAUACGACCCUUGCGCACCUGUUGAUCCGGCGCGACUGGAAAAACUGAAGCAACACAUUAAGGCAAUUCCACCCAAACCACCAGCACCUAAAGAUAAACCAGAAGAACUCUCAGCUGAUCAUGAGAGUGACUUCUACAGCAUACUCAUGCAUGAAAGACCGUGGCCUGACAAAGAAUAUGGAUGGGUGUUUGAUAAUGUAAGUCUUUAUUAAGGCUGACUUAUAUAUUUAAUUCAUUAUAUUACGGCUGACUUAUUAUUUUUCUUUGUCUAGCAUAUCGCUGCGUAUAUGAACGUCCUCAUACAAAGGUCCAUGCGAAAUCCCACUCCAUUCUGGUCCAAGCGGAUUGGUUUCAUAGACCCUUGGUUGUUAGGUUUUUCGGCUUACGAUUACAUGCAGUUCAGGAUGAAACCUGCUUCGUUCAAGUUCAAAGACAGUGGUUAUGAAAAGUUGGUAAACGGGAGACUCCCCGAAGAAUUUACAACAAACUUGAAGUGGUAUGCAGAUGUGGAUCACGUGUACGGAUGUCUUCAAACCGGCGGUAAUCACUGGGUGGCGUUUCACGUGGAUCUGAUCAAGGAGAAGAUAGAUUGCUACGAUCCAAUCUAUGGAGAGUCAACACCCGAAAGUGAGCAAAAAAUGCUAAAUGCUUUUAGACCUCUACUGGAGAUGCUUCCCUGGAUGUUGAAUGAGCUUAUUCCUGCCGAUCUCCGAAAGCAUUCUAGGAAGAGGUUCGCAUUCAGACGGAGGAGCAAAAGAUACAUUCCACAAAACAACAUCAUAGGUGAUUGUGGGGUUUAUUCGUUGAAGUUUGUGGAGUGUCUAGCGCUUGGUGUAUCUUUUGAUGGCAUAAACGAUAGUAAUAUUCAAGGGUUACGGGUGAAGAUGGCAGCAGAUAUCCUCGAGGAAGGAGGAAAUGUUGGAAUGAACAAGUUGUUGUCAAAAUGAAACUGUGUUUGUUUGUGAACCUGUGUUUGUUGUUAUGUUAACUAUUUGACUUUGGAUAACUGCUGUAAUAACUCAGUCAUAUCGAUUAGUAAUACUCAGCCAGUACUUAUUGAUAACUCAGUCAUACCUCAAACAUACCCUAGAAUCAAAAUAAUUAAUAAUUUUUCAUUCGAAUGUUAUAUAUAAAGUCCAAUUAUCAAAAUAAUUAAUAAUAACUCAAUGUGUGAGCAUGAUCUUUGUUGACUAUACGAGUUUGGAAUCGAUUAUAAUCUUGAGGUAUAUGUUGUCUCUUACGAGUACCUAAAACUCUAGGCAGUGAUAUGAGGUGUGAGCAUGAUUCAAAACACGUAAACUGUUAUUGUGUUAUUUAUUAUGAAUUUGUGAUAUUUAUCAUAUCUUGUGGUUCGUACAUCAUAAAUCAUAACCCUAAACAAUCUUAUUCGGAACCCAAACCCUAAAUAACUAAACCCUAUACCCUAAACGGCAAACAACAAAUCAGCCGUAAAGGUCUUAAUAACUCAGCCUGUUAGUGUAAGUUAAUAUUUACAUAUGGCGCGAAAAUUUUAGAUAUUUUAUCUCGCGACCUUUAAUGUUCUAUACUUCCCCUAUAUAUAGCCCCCUUCUCUUGCACUUUCUCGCCUUAUCUCACUAGAAAACCUAAACAAUAUCUCUAUAUCGCCUUACAAAGUUAUGAUUGUUCCUGGUUAUUCAGAAAGGUUAGAGAACAGAGUCAAUGAGAUACUAAACUCUGAAAAUCGUGAAAACCUUCCCGUUCUAUACCCUGGCCCGGGUGUCUUGCUUGACAGCGUAAUCUGGUUUAAAUUUCUAAGCGAUCUCUCCCUGGCCAUCCCGUCGAUUUUAGCAGAAGGAUGGGUUCAUGAUUGGCCGACAUGGCGCGCCAUUCCCGAUCAUUUUAAGGAACGCUGGUUUCUUCAACUCGCUCGCAAACGCACGUGGGCACGAAGAUAUAAUUUUCAAGUUUGGACAAAUUUUAAUCUGGUGGCCAGAACGGUGUUUCGUUGUCAGAUGCGCCUCUUGAAGAGGAGGUGGGCACAUGGGGGUGAGAAGCCUGCGUGGAUGCUAACUAGAGUUUGGCGUGAUAUUGUCCACAUGUUUGAAGAAUUUGGUCCUGAUAAUUUUGGUUUUAGUAAUUGAUUUGUUGUUUUUGUUUGUAUUCAGCCGUCAAGUUUUUGUAAAGUUGUUUAACUCAGCCGUUAAGUUUCUAUAAAGUUGUUUAACUCAGCCAUUAAGUUUCUAUUAAGUUGUUUAACUCAGCCGUUUCAGUUAAGUAACUCAUCUGUAAUACGAAUUAAGAUACUAAUAACUCAGCCUUAUAGUGUAAAAAUACGAAGCCAAAGUUAACGGUAUUUUUCAUGUAUUAUUAUGGCCGCCAUUACUUAAUCGAGACCAGUAUUAGAGUCCUUUAUUCUCUUAUUAUUAUACGUGCGAGAAAUUCCAUCGUCAUUGAGAAUAUCGAGACUCAUUAUUAUGGCCGUCAUUACAUUAUCGAGACUACUAUUAUUAGAGACCUUUAUUCUCUUAUUAUUAUGUGCAUGAGAAAUUUCGUUUGCAUUGAGAAUAUCGAGACUCAUUAUUAUACGGCUGGCACGCAUGUAUCGGAUUAUUUACAUAAUCGAGGUAUUGUUAUUUUUAAUGUAACUCAGUCAAUACAUCUACGUUAACUCAGCCAAAAUAUAGACGCUAACACAGCCGUAAUACGAAUUCAACUUAAGUGUUUGAUAAAAUAAUAAAGAACCUUUCGUAUUUCUUGAUUUGAUUGAAUAUUCGUCAUAAUUAAAGUGCAUCACGUGUGUGGAAAAAUAUCGAGGCAUUUAAUAGUUUAUUAAUUUAAAUUAUUCUCUUUAUUUGAAUUUUUUUUAAAAAAUGAUUUUAUAUUACUACCACUAUUGUUUUAACUUUGUCUUUCACACCAAUUUCUCUUUCAUUCAAAGAAAAUGUCUUCUUCAUCAUCUGUGUCUGGUAACACUUACUUUCACCGCCGGCAUGUGGAAAGAGGAACGCCGAAACAGUGUUGGUGUGGUGAACCCGCUGAAUUAUGUACAUCUGCAUCACGGGCUAAUCCAGGACGACUGUACUAUUGCUGUCGCAAAGGAUAUAUUAAGGUUUGAUUUUUAAUUUUAUUCAUUAUACUGUCAAUGUGAUACUAAGAGCUGGGCAUGUUGGUGAAAUCAGAGACAUUUAUUCAAAUGGGCGGACGAGUGCUUGGUGGAAGAGGUAGAAGAUAUGAAAUCGGUGAUGAGUGACAUGACCAAAGGCAUAUCAGAUCUGAGAGUAGACGUUGGUCGGUUGGAGAAAGAACUCGGUAAAGCGGAAAAGAUGAAGUGUUUGAUGUUUCCAGUGGUGGUUUGUGGGUUUGGUAUGGCCAUAUUUUGGCACUAUUUCUUUGCGUAGUCAUAUGUUGUAAUCAUAAUUUAGACGCAAUGUUUUUAGUAACUCAGCUAUUAUGUUCAAUGCAACUCAGCCAGUACGUUAAUUAAUUCAUAAUCAAACAAUAACCCAGCCAUAAUACAAGUAUUCGUCAGUCAUAACGUUUUAAUAACUCAGUUAUAACGUUAACUGCAAUUCAGCCGUUACGUUAAUUAAGUCACUAUCAAACAAUAACCCAGCCAUAAUAUGAGUAUUCGUCAGUCAUAAUGUUUUAAUAACUCAGUUAUAACGUUCACUGCAAUUCAGCCGUUACGUUAAUUAAGUCACUAUCAAACAAUAACCCAGCCAUAAUAUGAGUAUUCGUCAGUCAUAAUGUUUUAAUAACUCAGUUAUAACGUUCACUGCAACUCAGCCGUUACGUUAAUUAAGUCAUAAUCAAACAAUAACCCAGCCAUUAUAUGAGUAUUCGUCAGUCAUAAUAAGAUAGUAACUCAGCUAUAACGUUCAGUGGAAGUCAGUCAUAAUCAAACAAUAACAUAAACAAUAACUCAA